ACUGUUACGAGUUAUUAUUUGGUUAAUUUAUAUUCGUGUGUCGAUGGAUUAUUAUUAUUUAUUAUGUAUUAAAUCGGUCAAAAGAGAACACAUUCACUCGUAUUUCUCUUUCAAUUUUCUAAUGUGAAAGAAUUUGAUUCAAUAGCCUUACGGCCGUCAUGUGUCAAUGUUUACAAAAAUAGUAGAUAUAUUGUGGUCGUUUUUCGUCCUGUCCUUCUCCGACAUGCGGCGCGACCCCUCACUGACCGUAAAUUUAAUAUCAGUAAAUAAACUUAUUAAUGCAGACGUCAGUGUACAAGGGUAUUAAUCGUAGAUAAAACGACAUUUUAUGGUAUGGUCCAUGCUUACAUUUCACCAACGUGUCCGUUUGUUGAACAUAAAUACAAUUGUUUAGACAAUGAUCGAAAUAUUCAAUCGCGUGUAAUAGUGCGUUUUCAGUAGAUUUAACAAAGUUAAUCAUAUCUUAUAUCUACUACGUUAGUUGACGAUUGAAAUCCAUUGUUAUAGAGAAAACAUUUGAUCAUUAUGAAAGAUAAACAGCAAAUAAUGAAUAAUUGGAAGUGUGAAGUUUGUGAUUACACCUUUGAAAGCGAGGAUGACUUAAAACAACAUUUUCUUACUAGAAGUCAUAUAAAAAGAAAUUCAAGAAGUAAUUCAGUUUACAUAAGUGGAAUUCCACAAGCACCUAAUGUUUUGAAUGACUUGUUAAAUUUUUUGUCGCAGACUGGUAAAAUAGUGAAACACAAAACACUUGGAAACAAAGAAGACAAAAUUCUUGUUGAAUUCAGUAAAUGUGAACCUAUUAAAAUGAUUCUAUCUAAAGGAAUUCAUAUAAACAAUGUUAAUUUACGUGUUAAUCGAGCACAAAUGACUUAUGAAGAAGACUGUGCACAUAACAUUAGUUAUGAAGCUAUCAAAAAUGUUUUUACUGAUGACAGUUUUGAAGAGCAACUGUACAACUUUAUUAAUAAAAUAUCUCUUACACAAGUAGAUAUUAAAAUGAAUUAUGAACCUGUCUGUCAAGAAUUAGAAAACAUUUUCAAACCUAUUUUUCCAAAGUGCAGAAUUUUCAAAUUUGGUUCAUCUGUUACUGAUAUAGGGUUUAGAAAAUGUGAUUUAGACAUAUAUUUGGAUAUUGGAAUACCUGUUAUCAAAGCGAAUAAGAAGUCUACUAUUGGACCACAUGUCCUUUCUUCAGAGAUAUUAUUUACUAUAGUUGAAAAGACCAUUCGGUCAAACUAUAAAUUUUCUAGAUGUAUUCCAAUUCCAACUGCAAGAGUACCAAUAGUAAAGUGCUGUUAUUCUCCAACAAAUGUUUCAUGCGAUAUUUCUUUCAAGAGUAAGUUAGGAGUUUAUAAUAGUAGUUUACUAAAAUUUUAUCUUUCCAUUGAUCCUAGAUUUAGACCAUUAAUGAUUAUUUUAAAAUAUUGGUAUUACAAUUGUGAAUUGAGAAGUUAUAUUGGUAUAACAAAAUAUGCAUUGACUAUAUUAUACAUAUUUUAUCUUCAAAACCUUGGACUAGUACCUACAACUAAUAGUUUAAAAGAAAAAUGUACAGUUCCUUUAGUUAUAAAUGGAUGGCAAGUCAAUUUUAGUGAAAAUUUAAAUGAUUUUGAAAUGAAUGAAGACAAUAGAUAUAAAAGCAUUCCUGAAUUACUUUUUGGAUUUUUUGAUUUUUAUAUGAAAUAUGAUUUUCAAACUUAUAUUGCUUGUCUCUGUGAUGGGCAAUCAUAUGAAAAAAAAUUAUUUUAUGAAAUAGAAUUUCUACCAGUAUCUAUGAAAAGUUAUAAAGAAUAUUUAAAUGGUUCAGUUGAUCCUAAAGCUUUUAAUUUACGUAGACCUAUGUGUGUCCAGGAUCCAACUGAAUUGAAUUGGAAUGUCACAAAUAAUGUUUCAGCUGAAUGUGUUGAUAAAUUUCAAUUAUUUUGCUUUACAUCUGCCAACAUUAUUGUUAACUCUUCGAAUAACAAUUACCAAACUCUACUCAAAGAUCUCUUUGGUUUUACAAAUAAAUCCAUAAUUAAUUAUGUCCCACCUGUACCAGACAAGAAAAGAUUUUCAAUUUGUCCAUAUGAUAUUUAUGGUGCACUAAUAAAUUUAGAAAAAGUUAGUUUUGAUAAUGAUUGGGUUGACUCAACAUUUAAAUUGAUACAACAAUAUUUGGAAAAAGUUUUAAGUUUCCAGGUGAAAAUAAAUAAUGACAGUAGCCAUUUAAAUCAAACAAUGGAUCAUCAGAUUUUAGUACUCAUUUGUAAAGGAUCUCACUGCUUAUGGAAAAAUCGCAAAUCUAUAAAAAAUGUUGAUAAAAGUGAAGAUCCUUUUCAAAAUGAAAUAAAUAUUUCCAAAUCUCUGUUAAGCCAAAUAAAUUUACAAUCUGACAAUGCAUGUAUUAUCGAUUUUGAAUGUCAACUUCAAGAAAAAAAGGAACCAAGAUCUCAUAUUAUGGUGACUUUAUCCAACAUUAGAGGUACUAAACGAAUUUUUCAAGAGAUUGCUAAUGAUCUAAUGUACAGAAUGGUAUCUGUAUUGAGAAAAUUUAUCAAGUUUUCAUUUAAGAAUAAGCCUUAGAUAUGGCCAUGGUUGAACAAUCUUGAGUCUUUGUUUUUUAUUAUUAUUCCUUUAUAAAAGAAAAUGUAUUUGAAAAUUAAUAUAAGACUCAUAUAACAUUUAGCAUGUACAACUAUUUUACAUUUAUAAA